AUGGCUUACAUUAUUCCAAAGGGUCAGCAUUUUCCUGCAAAAGUGUCAAACUUUUCUCAACCAGAUGUAGUUAUUUGUAAUAUCAGGGAUAAGUUAAAUGAUGAUCAAUUGGAGACCUUUAGUAGAUCAUGCUUUGGCAUGUAUCUUCGUAUUAAGAGUCUAACUUUUUCCGGGCAGCUUGUCCAUCAGUUAUUGUUAAGACAGGUUGAAUCCUCCGACCAUAGUUUUGGCACAACUUUCAACUUCAGGUUGGCUGGAAAGCAAGCAACAUUUUCAUUUGAAGAUUUUGCGCUUGUUACUGGAUUAGCAUGUACUGGAAUUCCACCCAUCUCUUCACUUGUUGAUACUAGCACACAUAGGCUAAGGGAUGCUUAUUUCAAGGGGAAUAAUAGCAUUAAGAGAUCUGAAUUAGAGAGUACAUUUUUGGGUCUAAAACCUCAGCCUGACAAUGAAGAUGACGUUGUCAAGUUAGCUCUUGUUUAUUUUGUGGAGUUUGUGUUGCUUGGUAGGGAGCGUAGUAGGAACAUUUCUGAUGUGGCAUAUCUCCAAUUGGUUGAAAACUUGGAUAAAUUUAACAAGUAUCCAUGGGGAUCUGUCAGUUAUGCACGUACCUCCAAGUCACUUGCAGGAGCAAUGAAAGGACGUGUUCAAAAAUUUUUAAAAAAGACUAUAAAGCCAACCAAGACUCAGAAGGAGCAAUACAGUCUCUAUGGAUUCCCGUUAACUCUACAGAUAUGGAGUUAUGAAGCUAUUCCCCUUAUCAGGAGGACAUACGCACAGAAAGAUCCAGAAAUUCUGUAUCCAAGGAUAUUGAACUGGAGUACAUCAAUCACUCCUGACUCAACAGAACUCAUCCUAAGUGUUUUUAGAAGGAAGCAGCUUCAAGUACAUAGUCGACUUAUCCCAACCCAGUUGGAGAUGGCACAAGAAUAUUGCAUAAAGGCUUCCGAUGUACUAAAAAAUGUUGUAGGAACAAUGGUUGGCAAAGAUAAAAAAAAGCCAAAGGUUGUUAUAGAUGAGAUUGAAGAGGAAGAGGAAGAGGAAGUUCAAACACAUAGGGAUAUUUCACCUGUUAUAGAGGUAGUAAUAUGA